AUGCUAGAUGAUGACGAUGAUGACUGGCUGGGCUACGACCCCCACCCCCACACCCCCGCCACCACCACCACCACCACCACCUACCUGUCCCCCCACCAUCGCUCGCCCCCUGCCCCCCACCACCACCACCACCAUGCCCCCCGACCAGCCAGCCCCCCCAGAGGCCGCUCCCGACAGGUGGAGUCCCCCGUGCGAGGCGCGCCGCCCCCCGCCAGACACCUGUCCCCCGACGCCCGUGAAAAGUUCCGCUCCCUGGAGCGUUGGGGCGCGCCGCCCUCCCACACCCCGCCCCCAUGGGAGGGCUCCACGCCCCCGCCCCGCCACGCGCCCCGCGCCCACAGCCCGGUGCGGGGCCGCAGCCCCACCAGGGAGUGGCGAGGUGCGCGGCAGCGGUCCCCGGAGCGCGAGCAGCAGUACCAGCGCGCCCGCUCCAUGCAUGACCUGUCGGGGCGGCGCGGGGCCGGCGCCCCCCCACCCUGA